AUGUUUAAAGUCAACACCAUCACCGUGGGCGCCGCCGUUGCGCCCACCAUCAUCGAAACCUACAUCUCGCACUACCUAAAUCGCAAACCGCUCAAGCAGAAGCCCACAGCGCACAUCUCAUAUCACGAAGGCCUCGAACUCAUAAGAAGAUUUUUGCACUAUGCGUCCUUCCACGCUGUCGACGAGCUGCAGGCCUUCACCUCGCAGUGGGUGCCGGUACCGCACUGGGUCCACGUCGACAACCUCGUGAUCCCCAACGCGCAAUUGAAACGCUCCGCCGACUACGUACGCGCGCAGCUGGGUCCUGAUGGCAUCAAAGCAGUUGGCGGCAACACGUGGUGGGAGUGGAGAAGGGAGGGAAGCGAGGGCCUUAAGGCCGAAUGGAUUGAAAUGCGCAAGGAUAUGGAGGAGCGCAAGAAGUCACCCAAUGUAAAAGGCCAGAGAGUCAUGCUGUACGUGCACGGCGGGGCAUACUACUUUGGCAGCGUGGACGAGCACCGCUAUCAGAUGCAGCGGCAUGCGCGGAAGCUGAAGGCCAGGGUCCUGGCGCCGAGGUAUAGGCUUGCACCGCAGUUCCCGUUUCCGUGUGGGUUGAUGGACUGUCUUGCCAGUUACCUAUACCUGCUGGAACAGAAACAUGAUCCGUCUACUAUAAUCUUGGCGGGUGACUCGGCUGGCGGCGGCAUGGUGUUGACGAUGUUGGUGGUGAUGCGCGACCAGGGCAUACCUCUUCCCGCUGGCGCGAUAUUGCUAUCCCCGUGGGUAGAUCUUACACACAGCUUUCCUAGCCUGGCUGGGGAUGGCAAAUUGGAUUAUAUCCCAGCGCAUGGCUUCGUUCACAAGCCAAGCCUAAGCUGGCCACCACCGAACGCUGACGACCUACUUGCACUCGAAGGCAUCAAACCCAGCAAUGAAAAGCCAAAGCCGGAAACUGCACCCACGCGGGAAGAAAAGAAAGAAGAGAAGUCGGCCAAGAAAGAAGAAAAACAAGACCGCGUACGGGGCUUUUCGCUCACCACGGCCGAGAAGCCAGAUCUGGAGGACCUGCUGAACGCGCCGGUCUCAGAUAAGAGCAACGGAGCUGGGCCAGAAACCUGGAUCUCGCAGGACGGCAAAUAUAGUAUAGGACCCAAAUCGACGCUUUCUCUCCAGCUGGACGGAAAGCUAAUCGAGAUCAAGGACCAGAUCCAGAUGUAUGCGCCGAACCACAUGCUCACGCAUCCGCUGGUUUCGCCGGCGCUGCAGCCUUCGUUGGGUGGACUUCCCCCUCUUUUGAUCCAGGUUGGUGGAGGAGAACUUCUGCGCGAUGAGCAGAUCUACAUUGCUCACAAGGCUGCUCAGCCGCUUGCAUACCUUCCUCCCCCAUCGAACCAUCAAACAGCCGAAGCUAUCCAGGCCCAAGCAGCCAGAUACAGACCUACUAACGUACAAUUACAAGUUUGGGAUGACCUGUGCCAUGUCGCUCCGACGCUUAGUUUCACCCGGCCGGCAAAGCACAUGUAUCGCGGAGUCGCGCAAUUCGGCGCGUGGGCACUCGCUCGCGCGCAGAAAACCUCGAUUGAUAUCAUGGAUGAUGAGAGUAUUUCAAUCGUCAGUAGCGACUCGGCGUCUACUUCGUCGGAUAGCCAGCUUGGUGCUGAAGACAUCAAGUUGAGCAUGCCGCAAAGCGCGCAGCACGUGGGCUUCGAAAGCGUGAAUACGAAGGAAGAGCAGGGUGCUGUGGUGGGUAGAGCCGGCGACCCCAUACCGGCUUUUGAAAAUCAUAUGAUCCGCCAACGGGUCGAUCGUCAUGGACGCAUCUACCCACUUCCGCCGCCGCAAGAGUUGGAGGCACUCACUUUACCGAGCAUCGAAGUCGGCGUGCCAAAGAAGGGUCCAGUCAAUAAGUGGAUGAAGGCGCAGCAGCAGUGGAAUGGCAAGUUUGCAAAGCAGAAGCUCAAGAUCCAAAGACGUAGAAUGAGGGAUAUGGAGAAGGGGUACGAAGGAUUCGACGGCGAAAAGCCGCCUCCAACCGCACUGGCAGGCCGCAGAGUAAAAGGCAUGGAGAAGGAAAAGAAGGCCAAGAAGAGCUGGGGUAUGGCGCUGUGGAGUCUGUGGGGAAGUAAACACGAUGAAGCUACACUCGACCGCGAAGACAAAAGGGAUCAUUCUUCAGCUGCAGAACCACCUGCUCAAGAUACCACAACAACAGACGGAGCAGCCGACGGCGCUUCAGAUUUUAAGUCCCCUACUUCUCCGCGGUCAAGCCGCCGCAAAUCUGAAAAACACCUCGCCCCCGCCCAUUCCACGGCACGCUCUCGCUCACGCUCCCGUCACUCCACCGUCACAGACCGCGGCCAGGUCUCGGCCUCUAUGGAAAACCUCGCGCACCUGGCUCCACCGACGCCCACCCUCGCCGACGCAACUGUCAUCGCGCCGGAGCGAGAUGAUAGCCACGGUGCGCCAACGCCAACACUCGUACUCCCAGCGGAUGAACACAGGCCGCAGAGUCCACCGACAUUGAUCCCCGCGACGGACACACUGAGUACGCGGCCGACGAGGGGUGGAGUCGCGUAUCCGUUCAGCUUGAGGGUUGACGGGGAGGGUUCGGGCGGUGCGAAUGCCAGCAUGCUAACUUUGCAGAGCGUGCAUAUGGAAACGCCCGGUCUGGAGGAGGGCAGCAAAGGGUUUCCCAGGGUGAGUGGGGACGGCGAAGCGCUAGGAAAGGAGGCUGAGAAUGGGGAAGACAAGAUUGGAGAGAGGCCGGGUGUAGAGCGCUUCGUUACCGCGGACAUUGGGGCGCUUGCCGCCUCUUCAUCUGCACCUGCGGUAGAAGAGCACGUAGAAAGGCCUGGCGUCGAGCGCUUUGAAACGGCAAGAGAGGACCUGAGCACUUUGGCUUCUUCGGCUGCUGGUGCGAAUGGGAAGGUAUAG